AUGCUCUAAAAAGCUACAAUCAGAUUUUAUUUAUCCCAAGCAAGAAAAAUUCCAACUAUUUGGGAUGUGAACCCAUUUGCUUACUAAAGAAUGUCUAAUGCUUUAAUAGGAGCUUACUCGAAUAGAUAAUUUGGAGUUUUAAUAAGAGAAAAUCUUGAACAGAUAACUGAUCAUCAAGUAGCAUAUGCAUUUCAAAGAAUCAAUGAAUUGAAUUUGGAUGCUGAUCAAGACUUCUAUGAAUAUGUUUUACCAGCAUUAAAGGAAUUCGUUCCAAAUUUAACAAGAGAUCAUUCAGUCUCAUUUGCAACUAUUAUUGGAACUUGUGGUAAAAUAAAUGUAAAAGAUGCCUCCCUUUGGUAAUUAUUUGAAAAAAAAAUCGUGGCUGAUCGUUUAUAUAGAUAUAUUCCUUUGAAUGACUUAGUCAGUAUGACUUAACAAGUAGCAUUAAGUGAUUAUGGAUCGGAAGGAUUUUUUAGUACAAUGGAAAAACAAAUAGGAAGACAUAGAUUAGCAUUGACUGAAGAAUAAAUUAAAUUGACUCAAGAAGCCUUUGAUAGAAAAAAAUUAGCAGCUCCAAUCAUUAAGCAAUUAAAAUAAUCAGCUUAAAAACAAUUGGCUUGAUUUAUUAGAUAAAAAUAAAAUAUUACAUUUAUUAGAUAAAAAUAAAAUA